AUGUCCGCCGAUAACACAUUCCACUACGCCUUGAGCUCCAACAAUGCUUGGGCUGGUUACAAGGCCCAUCAGAAUCCCCAAUUCUUCCCCAAGCUUGCUGGCGGCCAGUCUCCGGAAAUCCUCUGGAUCGGUUGCUCCGACUCUCGCUGCCCCGAGACCACUAUUCUGGGCAUGCAACCCGGUGAUGUCUUUGUCCACCGCAACAUUGCCAACAUCAUCUCCCCCACCGACAUCAACACUACGGCUGUGAUCGAGUACGCCGUCGCCAAUCUCAAGGUCAAGCACGUUGUUCUCUGUGGCCACUCAGCCUGCGGUGGUGCGGCCGCCGCCCUUUCCGACGUCCGGGUGGGUGGCGUUCUCGAUACCUGGCUGCUCCCUCUCAAGACGGUCCGCUUCAACCACGCCGAAGAGCUCGAGGCCAUCACAGACGAAAAGGAGCGUAUCAUGCGCAUCGCCCAGCUCAACGUGGAGGCGGGCAUCAAGGUGCUCAUGAACAACGCGACGAUUCGGGAAGCCAUUGCGGAGCGUGGGCUCGAGGUCCAUGGUGUGUUCUUUGAUAUCAGCUGCGGACGCAUCAAGGAGCUCGGGUGCGGCACGGCUCACGCGGGAAAGGGCGACCAUGUUGUUAGGGGCAAGCAUGGUCAGCUUGUGUUUGGACAGGAUGGCGAGGCUGCGAUUGCUGCUGCGCAGUAA